CUCUUAUAACUAGUUGCUUCUGUUCUAUGUUAAUCAAAAAACAACUCUACUCUUUCCUACGUUGCAUCGAUCACAAGGAAGGCCAAGGAGGAUUAACAAAAUAAUUAUUCAAACCGGAAGAUGUCAUCAUCGUCAUCCGAUGGAGUGGAAGAAAGAUUGGACGAAAUUAUCGACGAUAUCAUUGACGAAACCUACAUCAACAUUGUGGAAUCCCAACCCAAAAAGCAGAGGAAACGCGCUUACAUAGAACGAGACCGGGAAUUAGGACACAACCGAUUAUGGAAUGAUUACUUCAGCGAAGAUGCGACAUUCCCGACACAUUUAUUUAGACGUCAUUUCCGUAUGAACAAAGACUUAUUCUUGCGUAUUGCCUAUCGCCUCUCAGAAAACGUUCCAUUCUUUCAACAAAGAAGAGAUGCAACAGGGAGGUUUGGUCUUUCUCCACUACAUAAAUGUACGGCAGCAAUUCGUCUCCUUGCUUAUGGUAAUGCAGCAGACGCGGUUGAUGAAUAUCUCAGAAUUGGUGAAAGCACGGCAAUUUUCUGUUUAGAGCAUUUUAAUGAAGGAAUAAUCCGGUUAUUUGGUGAUGAGUAUCUACGAAGACCGACAGCAGAGGAUUUUGAACGACUACUCCAUAUUGGAGAGAUACGAGGGUUUUCUGGGAUGGUAGGAAGCAUCGACUGUAUGCAUUGCAGGUGGAAAAAUUGCCCAACCGCUUGGAAAGGACAGUACACCCGGGGAUCAACAAAACCGUCAAUUGUCUUAGAGGCAGUAGCUUCACAAGAUCUUUGGAUAUGGCACGUUUUCUUUGGUCUUCCAUGUACCUUAAACGAUAUUAAUGUCCUAGAUCGGUCUCCUGUCUUUGAUGACAUUAUUCAAGGUCGAGCUCCGAGGGUAGAGUAUAUGGUCAACCGACACAUCUAUAAUUUGGCGUAUUACCUAACAAACGGUAUUUAUCCAAACUGGUCAACAUUUAUCCAAUCUAUCUCACUCCCUCAAGGUCUUAAAACAGAUUUAUUUACUAAAUAUCAAGAAUCAACCCGAAAAGAUGUGGAGAGGGCUUUUGGAGUUUUGCAAUCUCGAUUUGCAAUUGUGAAAAACCCCGGCUCUUUCAUGGGACCAGGAUAAGAUAGGGAAGACUAUGAGGGCAUGUAUCAUACUACAUAAUAUGAUAGUUGAAAAUGAACGAGCUGGAUACAACACUCAGUACGAUACAUCGGAAUUUGAAGAAGGAGAGGUACACAGCAGUUCACGGGUGCAUAAGUCUCGUGGUACGGACCUCCCUCCAAGCAUCACUGAAAUUCGUGCCAAUCUGGUUCAGGUUCGAGAGACGGAUACACAUUACCAAUUGAAUAAUGAUUUAAUC